UAUUCUAUUCUAUCUGUUUUCUAUUCUCUUCUUUCUGUUAUUCUAUUCUACUCCUAUUCUAGUCUUGUCUAGUCUGUUCUAUUCUAUUUAAUAUUCUAUUCUAUUCUAUUCUAGCCAGUAGAUGCCAGGGUGUAUUUGCUUGUCUACCGUGGGUGGCAAAUUAUAUGGCCUGGCCUUCCUGUAUCAGGUGAGUGAGUUUAGUUCUCUUUGGACAAGGAAAACUGACAUUCAUGUGCCCAGAUUAAGGUUCACAUUAUCUUUGCUCUUUAUCCAGUUUGCCUUCCUUGCAAAAGGGCAAUCCUGAUAACCUACUAUGGCAAAGUUGCAGAAACAAAUCGCAGAAAAACAGCUUGCCUGUACAGGCAGACCUUGACAUAGGACCCCAAUUCAGCCCAACGUUUCUGUUUCUACGGGACACCAUUGUUAGGGAAGAAGAAUGAGUAUGACCUUGUUGUUAUCGGAGGGGGCUCUGGCGGAUUGGCUUGUGCUAAAGAAGCUGCCCACUUUGGAAAGAAGGUAGCUGUCCUAGAUUAUGUGGAGCCUUCUCCAAGAGGAACCAAAUGGGGGCUUGGUGGGACAUGUGUGAAUGUGGGUUGCAUUCCGAAGAAGUUGAUGCAUCAAGCGGCUCUCCUGGGACAUUCAAUCCGAGAUGCCCAACAUUAUGGCUGGAACGUACCCCACCGUAUCAGCCACGACUGGUCUGUGAUGGCCAAGGGGGUUCAGAACUACGUCAAAUCCUUGAACUGGGGACACAGGUUACAGUUACAAGAUAAAAAGGUCAAAUACUUCAAUCUGAAAGGCAGCUUUGCGGAUGCACACACUAUCCGUGGGGUAGGAAAAAAAAAUGAGACGCUGCUCACCGCAGACCACAUAGUUCUUGCCACUGGUGGCAGACCAAGAUACCCCGCCGAGGUUCCAGGAGCCCAAGAGUUUGGGAUUACAAGCGACGACAUUUUCUGGCUAAAAAGAUCCCCUGGAAAAACGUUAGUUGUUGGUGCCAGCUAUGUUUCCCUUGAGUGCGCCGGCUUUCUCACCGGCCUCGGAUUGGAUACUACCGUGAUGAUCAGGAGCAUCCCGCUUCGAGGAUUUGACCAGCAAAUGGCCAGUCUGGUGACGAACCACAUGGAAGCGUCGGGCACCCGGUUUCUGAAGAAAUGCAGCCCGACUAAAGUCAAGAAGCUGGACAACGGCCGGCUGCGGGUGACCUGGAACUAUGCUGACUCUGGCAAAGAAAAAUCGGAUGAGUUUGACACGGUGAUGUGGGCAGUAGGCCGAGCACCAGACACUGGAACCCUCAACCUGCGUCGUGUGGGUGUGGAAACCACUCCGGAAACAGGCAAAAUCCUUGUCGAUGCAGCAGAAGCCACUUCGAUCCGCCAUGUUUUUGCAAUUGGGGACAUCACUGAGGGCCGUCCUGAAUUAACGCCCACCGCCAUCGCUUCCGGGAAAUUGUUGGCCCAGCGGUUGUUUGGCCUCUCUGCCAAACUCAUGGAUUACGACAAUGUGCCUACAACGGUGUUCACCCCUCUAGAGUAUGGUAGCGUUGGCAUCUCAGAAGAAGCAGCUGUCCACCGAUAUGGUCCAGAUAACAUAGAGGUGUACCACGCAUUUUAUAAACCCUUGGAGUUUGUUGUGGCCGAAAGAGAUGCUACUCAGUGCUACAUAAAAAUGGUGUGCCUGCGUGAAAAAGAUCAGCGGAUCCUGGGUCUUCAUUUCAUUGGCCCAAGUGCCGGCGAAGUUAUUCAAGGCUUCGCUCUUGGAAUCAAAUGCGGUGCUACCUAUUCUCAAAUGAUGCAGACCGUUGGGAUCCACCCAACCUGUGCUGAAGAAGUGAGUAAGUUACACAUUACGAAAAGGUCAGGCUUAGAUCCGACCGUCACGGGCUGCUGAGGUUAAGCACCAUCCCUGGUUCACCAUGCAAAACAUGCUGGGCAGAAACUUCCAGAAGAGAAAGAAGGAGCAGAUCAACACCUAAAGGUCCAUUGUUUCAAUUCUAAAACAUCAACUCGCGAGACCAACUCCAGCGAAAGCCUGCCUGCAAACCGAUCCCAUUUCUGGAACAUUCGCUCUUCCUGUUUAUUUCACGGGACGGAGACAUCUAGAUGGAUGCUGGUGAGCUGGAACUAGGUGCCAAAGCAGGAGCAGAUCCACUGCUUUUUUGAGAAGUUCUGCCUUGCAUUUUCCAGGGAUGGUGUGGUUUUUUUUUUUGUUUGUUUGUUUGUUUUGCCACGACAACUUCAAGCAGCCUCGUGUCCAUGCCAAAAAACCAACCAAUGUUGCGAGAGAUUUCCCGGGCGUGCAGAUAUUUGUGCGUUUGAGGAACACACUCAAAGUCACGGGACGCCGGCUGAUGACGGCUUGUGUAUAAAUCCACUCAGCGGGGUACACAGGCCUGAUGCUUGCUGGUGCCUUGUUGAGCAGAAAGAAAUUACGUUGGGAUGGACAGUAGGCAAUUUCAUAGAGGGAUUAAAAAAAAAAUACCUUUUUGCUGAA